AUGAAUAUUUUCAGGAUUGCUGACUGUUUCCAAAGGAACUGGGGACUUCUUCAUAAAACUGGGUUGGGAAUCUGGACCUACAUUUGGGACAUUAAGUUCCCGGAGAUACAAGAAUUCAUAGUGGAUGCCUGGCUUGCUUACUCUACACCGUUACCAUCCAGCCACAGCCAGCUGUUAUCCUUAAUUGUGACCUGCUCCUGCAUCGCAGCAUCAGUUGGAGGCCUCUUCCACUGCUGGAUGUUUUCCUCUCUGCAAUAUUCCUUCCAGUUUUCUGCCUUGGCAUCUUCUGCCCUUAGUUUCCUGGUGUUCUUCAUCCUUUUUUUGGUGCAUCCUGUCCGGUGCAUGUUUACUAUAAUUGUGCCUACAUUAGGCACUAAACAAGGGCGAAGGCUGCUCCUCUCUGCCUGCUUUAUGAUUGUAGCUGUCAACAUUAUCCCAAAUAUUAUGAGCAAUAUCCAAGCGAUCCUGCAAAUCAUUAAAUGCACCUGCAAGAAUUCCAUGGACAGCCUUGUGACCUCAAUGCUCCUUCUGGGUAAUGUUUCCUGGGACUUCAGCCACUCUCUCAAGAGCAUAAUUGACAACAUGCCAGAUAAAUUAUUGAGUUCAAGGGAUAGCCAUGUUCAGUUUAAAAAUCACAGCAAUAUCUUCCAACUAAAUGAGAAAAUGGUUAACACUAGCCAAAGUAUCAAGAAAGAUUUUUUGCAUGCUGAUAUGCUAGUCCAGAAGGUCAUACUCUUGACCAACCGGGUGAUGGCUGGUUUAUUUCUCUUCUAUCUCCUUUUUCAAGCUACAUGGUACCUGAAGAGCUACCUCACAGAUCUUUGUUUUGAUAAUAUUUACAUUACCCCAAAGCUGGAAGAUUUGGCUCGGGAAAACAAGACAAUUGAUUUACUGAUUUGCACAUCCAGAAAGUUAAUUAAACCAACCAGCUUCAAGUUAUCCAGAAAAGAACUCAAGGCUUCUCUCAGACAUUUUUUUCUUCUCACAUUAGUUCUAGUGGUGAUACUGCUCAUAAUAGCAACUGACUACAUUGCCUUUCAUUUGGCACAAAGAACUGUAAAUGAAGUCACCCAGAUCCCUGUUGUCCCAGUUAUCUUCUGGAUAAAAUAUGAUAUCAAACUAAGUUUUGUUGGGUUGGAGCAUUACAUAAUGCUUCCAUUUGAGAGGCGGUACCAUCAGAACCUGACCUUUGUUUCUUCUAACUGCUUCUUGCAAAAGCCAAAUCCUCCUAACACAGCCUUGGCCCUGGCCACUGUGCUUCUCUUCUGCAUCAUUUAUGCUACGGUAUUUCUGGAAGCAUACUCACACCGUCUACGCCGAAAAAUUUCAGCCUCCUUUUUUGAGAGCCAAGAAAACCAGAGAAUCCAGUACCUCUACAAGAAGCUUGUUGAGAAACACUUGUCCAAAGACACAAGAGGACAG